AUGAACAACAACAUCGGAAGCAACACUGGCGGCAUGACCGGAAACACCGCCUCUACCGGCCAGCAGGACGCUCUUGACAAAGGUGUGAACAGCAUCCUCGGCAAGGCCGGCCACGGCCAGUCCGCCUCUACCACCGAGAAGAUCAGCGACGGUAUCCGCUCUGGCUUUAAGAAGAUGACAGGCAAGGACGUCCCAAUCGCUGAUAAGCAGUAG